UUCCUCUCUAAUUGUCCUAGGAAAUAAUGCCCGACCUUCCAGAGAUGUUGGAAAUGGUUGAAUUGCAACUGAAAGACUGCCGCAAACUCAAUGAUAUUCCAAACCUGGAUAACUUCUUGUGCAACCUGUAUACCCUUCAUAUGGAAGGGUGCGCCAGUCUCACUGCUACUUUUAAGGAGAACAUCCUAUUGAAAUGGAAGGGGGAUGUAGAAGGUGGACUUUCUCUCUCUGUAAAUGAUAUUCCUCGUUCGUUACCCUAUGUCGCGCGAGAGGAUGAAACUGUCGAAAUUGAAGUGCCGCCUACUUUUGAUUAUAUAGGAGUGUUGGUUGUGUGCAUCAUUUAUUCUUCGGACAGCUCAGACUGUACUGGGUCCCUAUGCAUUGAUGUUGUUAAUCGUACCCAGCAAACUCGUUUUCACAUUUGGCCAAUGGAGACCACCGUAACUGCUUCCCAUGAAUGUUAUCUUUGGCUGGGAAAUCUUACAAACAAGAAGCUCAAUCUGAAAGGUGGCGACAAGGUUCGUGUGCAUGCAGACUUUAUUGAAACAGAGGAUGAUCAUCAAAUUAAGGUUAAGAAAACAGGAGUGGAUAUCGUAGAAUGGGAAUUUAUAGCUUCAGAUUGGACAGAUGUGGACUAUGAGCGUGUGCCAUACGAGUCUGAUGAGGAGGACACUGACGACGAUACAGAGUUAAGCUUCAGAUUGCGAAAGAUUUAAGGUUCUGAUCUCAAU